AUGGGCUCCUCUCCUGCCACCAAGAAGACUUCUCGUGUACUGUUGACUUUUCUCUUACCCCUUCUGGGGAUUGCUGUUCUCGGCAAUGGAGUAGCAUACUAUCUGUUGACGUCCCUCCACAACUACCAGUGGGAAUCUUUUGCUAGUAGUCCGAUAUUUGUUUCCGUCCACCAGAAUAACCUGAAGGAGAGAAAAUCAAUCCACCAAGUGGUCGUCGUUGAUCAAGAAAGUCCUGCUACAAAACCUCUGCCAACUUUCAGCAGUAAGAGCAUUGUCGCUCCAUCCCAUGGCUGGCAAGAGCAGCAGAAUUUGUUCUACACAAUUCACCGAGAAAGAAUGAAUACGCUCGUGAACGAGUCCACUAUUCUCGAUUGGAAAUCGCGAGAAAAGUCACGAGCCUUUGACCCACUCCUUUGGGAAUUUGGACUCUCUACUACCGACAACACGAGUAUUAUCCAACAACCAGGCAUUUACGUUGCGGGCGACAUUUGCUCCUACGCCAAGAGUUUUGUCUUGAGCAAACGCAAAUCGUUACGUUCGCAUUAUGUUCUGUUCUUGACACCCUUUCAGGAGAACUGGGGGAUGCUGUCGACCAACAUUGCCAACAGAACCGCCGAACACUGGAAUUUGACAGAACACUGGCGCCUCCACGGCUGCAGUCGGACCAUGAUUUUGCGCAACUUUUUGAACCGCGACAAAUCUCUCCGGGCGGUCGUCACGGUGCAAUUCCAGGACUUGGAUCACCCAAAAGUCAUGUCCAUCCCCUUGGGCGUCUUGGACCGACAAGUGCCACCUCUGCUGCAGGCCAUACGUGACAACCGUAGCAACAACCAACGAUCCAAACUCUUAAUGGUCAACAGUCGGCCUCGGAAAAUGAGAAAACAAGUCUUGGACACGGUGCUGCGCAACUUUCCGGGAGUGAGGAAUACGUACUCUCGAACAACCAGGGGCGCCGAUCACUACUUUCGAGAGCUGCAACAAUCCAAAUUCAUUCUUUCACCCGGUGGACUUGGUUUGGAUUGCUAUCGGCACUGGGAAGCUCUGUACACGGGGACGAUUCCAGUGUUGGAGCAUUUGAAUCGCACGGAUGGAUGGUUUCGAACCUUUCGCGAUUUGCCAGUGGCUUGGAUCGAUUCCUAUGACAACCUUACACCCGAGUGGUUGGAACAAGAGUACCGACGUAUUGUGCCAUUGGCAAAGACGUUCCGCUACGAGAAACUUACCAAGCAGUACUGGAUUGAUCUGAUUCGAUCUCAUGCGACGGUGGGUUCAUGA